AUGGGUCAUCUCUCUUUUCAAGCGGCGAACGGGAUUAUAUGGCCUACCUAUGCGGUGGUGCUGAUCUCUGCCUGUGCGUUGGCGUAUUGGAAAAGAGAUUCCAAGUCUUUUCUGUCUGCUAACAGGACACAAAAAGCCAUCCCAUUGGCCUUCAACUUCGUGGCCUCGGGGCUUGGUGUUGGUAUCCUGUCCACGUUCCCUCAGAUUGCUAACUUCAACGGGCUGCAAGGCCUGUUGGUGUAUGCCCUGGCAAGCGGCCUGCCGAUGUUCCUCUUUGCCUUUUUUGGUCCUCAUAUCCGCAAGAAGGUGCCCAACGGGUUUGUGCUCACGGAAUGGGUCUUUUACCGUUACGGACGUGUUUGCGGACUCUACAUGAGCGCGUGUACCAUUUUAACCCUUUUCCUCUUCACGGUCAGUGAGAUUGCGUCUCUGAAAUUUUGCAUCGAGACUCUCACUAGCGUCAAAGCAUUGCCAGUAAUUAUCAUAGAAUGUGUGGUGACCACUAUCUAUACCUCGAUCGGAGGAUUCAAUAUAUCGUUCUUGACUGACACCGCUCAAGUUUCUAUCGUGUUCGCUCUAUUGAUCAUCGUGGCUUCCGCAAUGGGCAGCUACAUCACCAUAGACACCUCAAAGAUAGCCCCAUCCGGUCUGCUCAAGGGUAAUAAACUCGGUUAUCAGCUCAUCUAUAUUCUGGUGGUGGCCAUUUUCACUAACGAUUUCUUCAUGAGUGGCUUCUGGUUGCGUACUUUUGCUGCCAGAAAUGAUAAGGACCUUCUAAUCGGAUGCUCAAUAGCGUUUUUCAUCAUCACAAUCAUUCUAGUAGUGGUUGGUGUCACUGGAUUUAUUGCGGUUUGGGCAGGUCUGGUUGAAGUCAACGACCCAGAGUAUGGGAGUUCCUGUUUCUUUGUGCUUUUGGCACAAAUGCCUUCAUGGGUUAUGGGAUUCGUGCUGGUAUUUGUGGCUAUUCUUUCAACCUGUACUUUGGACUCUUUACAAAGUGCAUUAGUCUCGUCUAUUUCCAAUGACAUUUUCAGGAAUAAGUUGCCCCUGUUAUAUGUGCGUGUCAUGGUAGCUGUGGUCAUGAUUCCGAUCGUAGUUGUUGGACUGAAAGCAACCGACGUGCUCAGCAUCUAUCUGAUUGUGGACUUGCUGUCUAGUACUGUCGUUCCGGUGCUAAUGCUUGGGUUGUCUGAUCGUUUCCAUUUCAUGACCGGGUGGGAAGUAAUUGGAGGUGGCCUGGGAGGAAUUCUGUCUGUUUGGAUCUUUGGUACAGUCUACUAUGAUUCUCCCAAAGAAGGCGGCAAGCUCCUUCUGAUCUCCAAUGGUCUCUACAGCAAUGACUGGAGCGCGUUUGGUGCGUUUGUCGUCGGGCCUUUUGGAGGUAUUCUUUUCGGGUUUAUUGUACUUGCCACGAGAUGUGCAAUUAGGUAUUUUAUUUGCCGUUCCAAUGAUCUCGAAUUCGACGUAUUCAAGCCCAUUUCCCCACCAGAAUCUACUCAAGAGGAGAGUGGAAGUCUUCGCAAGAGCACUUCAAAAACCAGCUACACAAAUCGCACCGUCGAAUUGACUGAAACCGCCUCCGAAGGACGGAGUAGAAAUGCUUAA